AGGAGGGAGGCGUGGAGUCGAGCGAAGAGUCCAAUCAACAAGAAGUGGCCAAUCAAUUGGCGAAAUCGAGUUUAAUGGCUUCCGCCAGAAUUGCCGAAGACUUGUCCUCUAAAUCAGAUUCUCUUGACUCACAAUUAUAUCCAUUGAUACGCCGGUCAACGCUUUGUCUGUUAACACCAUAUUUGGUCCGACAGUUGGGUCUCACGAGUACUGCAGAUGUAUUAAAAACAUUAAACAGUAAUAUCGAGAAUCCAUAUCUCAUUUGGGAUAACUCUACGAGAGCUGAACUGACGGACUAUUUGGAGACUCAGGAAAGAGAGACAAUGAGAAGCGGCGAAUGUCCCGACACUUCAUACGGCUCUACAUUUGAGUUCUCGAGUCAUAAGGAAGAGCUAAUUGUUGGCGAAAUAUUUGUCCGCAUUUAUAACGAACAGCCAAUGUUUCCAUUAGAAAACGCCAAAGGAUUUACCAUUGAUUUGAUUGACUACUUGGGCUCUCAGGCACAAUACCUUCAGUCGGCGCUCAAUCUGGUCUCGAACUCCACCGGAAGCGUAAACAGCGAUCGCAUGAAAAACAUUAAGAUGUGUUUAUUAGCGCUGAAUAACGUAAUCGUUCACAAUAAUGGCGUUGAGAUGCAAUGCAUCGGACACUUCAAAUUGCUUUUUAGUUUAUUACGUUUGGAUCAGAUGUCAGACUUGCAGACACUGGCCGUCAAUGUAAUCGCUAGCGUUUCGGGCAAUCAAGAGUGCGUUCAGGACAUCGCCUCCAGCGAAGUGUUGGUCUAUUUAUUAAUGGUUUUGCGGCCGACUUCACAACAAACCGAUGAUUUCAAUAAACAAUUGGCAGUUUUGACAGCACUUACGCCUCUUAUGUUUAACACCCGACUAAUCAAAGAGGCGUUAAGUAAGGGAGCGAUCCUUUAUCUGUUGACUCUAUACACGAGUUCCGCUAAUUUUGAAGUGCGAGAAAAGUCGGCCGAAUUGUUGUCCAAAAUGACGAGCGAUAAGUUGAAUGGACCGCGAAUUAAGUUAGUUUUGUCCAAAUUCUUGCCCUUACUAUUCAUCGACGCCAUGAAAGACUCGCCACAAACCGCUGCAAAUUUGUUUGACGGAACCCAAGAGAAUCCGGAACUCAUAUGGAAUGAUUCGGCGCGCGAUUCUGUUUGCCAAACGCUGACCAAAAUGUGUGAACAACUAUAUAACGAACAGAUCGGUAAUCCAUCCGCUGUAUGGAAGAUACCCAACGACUUUGAGCUUAAAUUGCCGGUUGGUUUCGGCGAAUUCGUGAUCGCAGGCGUAUAUCUGCGGCUAUACGUCCAGAACCCGAGUUGGGUCGUCAGGAAACCCAAAGAGUUUUUGACGGAACUGUUGGACAGCGCGAAGAUACUCAUGGAAAAGGAAGAACAAACCCAGGUCGAGAAGUUGGAUCUGGUAACGCAUGCCAUUACGUGUCUAUUACAGGCACAGACAUCUCUGUUAGACUCGGUUCCAGCCAUGGGUCACAUCCAGGCAUUUGUCAAUAGCCUGUCCAACAAACGUCACGAAGCGAUUCCUCGCAGUUGUCUUCAAAUUCUUCGACAGUUCGCCGAAAACCGAACGUGUAUUGAAACGAUGAUUGGCUGCAAAUACCUAUUGACUCAAGUAUUCUUCGUUAUCAAGACUUACGAAACGCUAACAGACAUUGCGUGCGAGUUAUUGAGUAAACUCUUUCAAAUCGAUACCAUCGAUGAAUUGGUCGGUCAGGCGAUUAAGACUGAACUAAUUCAUCAUCUGUUGAAACUGUUGGACUCAAAUCAAAUUCAAUACACGACUUCAACCAAAGCACAAGUCGUCCAAAUACUGAAGCAUAUGCUUAAGAGCGGUGCUUAUGGACAGCAAGUGAGCGAACUUUUAGACAAAUCAAUGGUUUGGUCCGAAUAUAGGGACCAAAAACACGACUUAUUCAUUACGAGCUCUCAGUUCUCUGGAUAUCUAACCGGUCCGACAGUACAAACGGCCGGUUACCUGACACAGGGCUCAUCAGUGAACUCAAUGCCAUCCUCUCCGCCACCCCUUUAAAUGAAUUUCAC